AUGACGGGCAGCGACAAGGGUGCGCCUCCAUUUGACGUUUUUUCGUUGGCGGAGGAUGUCAGAGAGCGGUUUGGCUGGUCGAACGACGACUUGAGUCGCGUGAUGGAGCAGCUUUUGCCUGCGGCUCUCAACGGCUUCCGGCAUUUCGGCAGCACGGUGCCCGGAUUUUCGGAUUUUCCCGGUCUGCCGUCUUCAUUCGAUGAGGCGGCGAAGUCUCCUUUUGCCGGUUUUGUUCAAAAUGCAUCUGAAACCGCUCUAACGCCCUUUUUUGGUCCGGAAGCGGUUCAAAAGGCGCUUGCCGGACAGAUAUCCGGUCUUACCGGUCUGCAGAGCGAUGCCAUUCAGGAAAUGAUGCCUGUUGCGGCAACGCUCGCCAUGGGGCAGGUGGCGCGCCCCUUUGUGCACGGGGAGGCGCGCAAUCUCCUUGAUGCCUAUCUGCGUGGCUUCGCCCGUGGCCGUCCCAAACCUCAGCCGACACCGGUCGACUACAUGCAAGGUUAUGCGGACGCAAUGAACGCAUUCUGGGGGUCAUUUCUCCAGCCGGCCAGCCUUGUGACCGAAACCCGGGAUACGGAAGAAGACGCAGCACCUGAACCGGAGCCCGAGGAAGAGCCGGAGGCUCCUGAGGAAGAUCUUGACGCCGAAUCCUCCGAGAUAGAUGAAAUGGUAUCGAAUUGGCUGGCAGCCGGCCGGGAUUUUCAGUCGAGCCAGUUCAAGGCAUUCGACAGUUUCUUUGAAAAAGCGGCGCGGGACUACGACAAGAAAUGA